AUGCUGCUUCCGGAGCGACAGAUCAUUCUGGUUCAUAAGGACACAUUUUUAAUUUUUCUUGUGUUCUCAGGCGGCUAUGCAACUUACAUGCUUUAUAAAUCCUGUAGCGUCCAUUUCGGUAUAAGUGAGGCACAUGAACCAACCACCUUCUACGAGUUAGAAUAUCAUCAGGAUGCGCAAAUGACUUGCCAGCAGAUUCAAAACACCAAUCCUCGAGAUCGGUUCAUUGAGCUCAGUGCAUUUUUUCCGGCACAUGAGACGCAUGUGCUUGGUUUGACGGAGACAUAUGCUGUUCCGAUCGAGCGUAACCUCCUCCACAAGAUGUUUAGCUCUAUACUACCCAUUAUUGACGUUAGCAAGCCGAAUUUUGUGCCGCCGUCACCCGCAGCGCCAUCUUCGCCACGCCGGAAACUGAAUCUACCUGUUGCCAAAGUUGCAAUGAACGCCAAAGCAAAGUUAAAGGGCAAGCUACAGGAGGAUCCGCACUUGCCCAAGAUACCAGACGACUGCUCGGUGCUCCAGUACUCUAUUGAGAAGAACUUAGUGGAUAUCCAGAAUGAAGAUGUAAGCCAGGAUGAUAUCAAUAUACCGAGAGUUGUCUCGAAGUCCAGUCUGCCUACCCUUGCUCAGGUUCAGCAGGGAGGCCCGUUAGCCGUUUCUGCUCCAACCCCCAGUGUAUUGCUUAGUAUCCCAAGGGGCGACACCCCGCAGUCGUGCUUUGCAUCUGUUCGGUCCGCUAUAUCAACUACGGUAAUGAGCGCCAUCUCUAGUGUGAGGACAAACAGAAUUGGUCAAAGGUUGGGUUUGAAUAAGGAAACUGAAAGCAACGACAGUUUGACUAACAGCAGUCAAUCCACCACUUCAGGAGUCGCCAGCAAUACGUUCUCGACCACCUCGCCCAAUAAAGCCUAUCCAGAUAUUAGACGCUCGAUGACUGAAGCCACUUUGACUGGGGCCCUCUUGGAUAGUACAGGCAAUCUUUUAGUCUUUUCAAAUUUUUACAAGCGUAAUUUUGUUCUGCGACUACCACAAGGGACAGGUAGCGCACUCUCGUUUGGCAUAUGCAAUCAAUAUGUGCCGGGCAAUCCUGCAACUCUCAAGAAGCUUACAUUUAGGCUUAGAAUGGUUACCUUUCCGGUUAUCAACUACUCAAAUUGCUGCCUAUUCGCCUCUGAGAUGAUUUUGAACUUUCAUCACGCAACCCUAACCACGUUUCUCCUUACAGAGACCGCGCACCUCAAGUACUCGUUCCCCUCUAUCAUUGCAGCCGAUAAGAACACUAUAGAUAGCUCUAUAGAUUAUUUAUAUAAGCAAGACUUCAAAGUAAUAAGCAAAGCCCUUCUCACAGAGCCCAAAGACCUUAUACAUCGAUACUACUUUUUCAAGGUGAAUCCGCAAGAUCCAGAGUUCUUAUCGGUCCAUGAUUAUUCAUCAGCUACCAUCUUUAUUCAAAAGCAGCUUACCAAGAGGCUGGCAACAGACUUUUUGGUGGGGUGUGCUGCUCUUUCUGUCCAUAGCAUUCCAAAGAUAUAUCUUCCAGACCUGUCUCUACUCAAGGACCAGGAGCAAGAAGAGCUGAAGCCGGCAGAACCUCCUAAACUAACAUUUGGUUCUUCUCCAUCUCAUCCCAAGAACACAGAUAGUCCUAACAGCAAGUGCGUCGAUAACGAUGCAGAGACCCAGGACAGCAAUAUGAGCACAGUCUAUAGUCUAAGCGCUCAGAGCUAUGCUGAUUUCGAAAUGCUGAAGAGCAAUGGUAUUGUCUUACCGACCUCAGUCUCUACCAAACCACUAACAGGUCUUGAUGCACUCCACGCCUGUCACAAAUCUUUACUCAGUAUCCUUACUCAUCAACGGUCAUACUUUCUCGGCGUUUUCCCCAUGCGCCCUUUUACCCUCAGCUACACUGACCCUCGGAAGAUCAUGACCACUUGCGACAAGAAGACCCUCUACACCAUCAACAUUCUAAUAGAGCCUGCUGAUACCGCAACUAAGGAGAGCAUAGGGCACACGCUUCGGUCAUUGCCGUCGCUAAGUAGCUCAAUCAACCCCAACAUAAGCACAUAUCUAAUUCUUACAUUCCCAAAAGACAAGGUGCUAGGAACAAUAGUCAACUCUGCAUACGGUGACCACAAUAUUGCCGGGGUUUAUGUAUACAACAAGCACAGCGAGCACAUCACCCAGACGCUGGAGCGGACAUUUAGUACAUUCAGCAUCCUUGACCCGGUAUCCAAACGGCGAUCUCUUAGCAAUCUUCAGUCCCUCCUCCCAGAGUACUGCGCCCUUUCCUUUGGCUCUAACACGAAACAGCUCAUAGCCUCCACCAUCAGCAGCGACAGUAAUUCGGGAAUGGCCCAUGACGAUGACGACGAUAACGAUACGACUGUCGAUGCAGACGAUGUCACCAACGUGGUGUUCAGUCAGUUUCUCCACCAGGACCUCUACGACCAUGGGCUAUCGCCCACUGUCACAGGAGAGACGCGGCACCUGCUGGAACUGCAUUUGGAACGCUUGGUAGAGAACAUUUAUUCUCUCGUAUAUGCUAAGAUAUAUAAUAGCGUCAUUUCAGCGCUGAACUGCAACUUCUUGAUCAAUUUCACCGGGUGCAGCAGCGUUGGUAAAACAGAACUGGUGGACUCGUUUUUGGGAGCAGAUGGCGCAGCCUGUAUUCAGGAAUCUUCAUACACAAGCCUAGAGCGCGUGCACGCUUACCUGGAUGGCAAUUUUAACCACCCUUUUGUCAUUGACCAUGAGGACUUGCUUCGUGAGCUGGUGAAGUACCGUUUGAAGUGUGUACGAGAUGGAUGUUUGUUCAGUCUCUACGAGGGGAACCUGUCUGUGUACAACCCGUCUGUUCUUGACAAAGCGGAGCGAUCCCUUGUAUUACACCUUCAUACAAAUCAGGCCACUGCUCACUACAGGAAGUAUCAGCAGUCGCUGCGUGCAAACGGGAACAAGACCUUCAUUAAUCAGAUAUGGCCAUGCUAUGUGUGGUACAGAGACAAUGUUUUGUCGGCUGCAAAGAAGUAUAUCAGCAUCCUCAACUAUGACACAACGCAGCACAAGCCCGAGGAAACCUACUCGUAUCUGAUGUACCUAUUGGGGCGCAUUGUGGAUGCCCACAAUCAAAACACCUCCAAGGGCUCGUUAGUGUAG